UCCAGCGGGUGUCAGCGGGGAGUCAUGAAGAGGAGUGGCACACCAGUGUGGGACAGAAGGAGCUACAGGCCCCCUCCCACAUUAAAGAGGAGCAGCUUCAUGAUGAAGAUGAAGCUCAGUCCUUACAGCUUCAUCACAGUCAAAGUGAGGAGAACAGAGGGGCGGAGCUUGUAAGUCAACACAUCACAGAAGCUGAUGGAGAGCAUUGUGAAGAUAUCAAGUCAGAACCAGACAGCAUCUUUGCUCCACUGUCAGACAUGGACCACAUGAUGUCACACUCUUCUGAUCACAGUGACCACAUCCAAAAACCUUUGGAGAGUAAAAAUGACUCUAAAGGUGAUACGAGACAUCACACUAACAACAAACACUUUGACUGCUCUGAAUGUGGGAAAUCAUUUAGAUGGAAGAGUAAUUUUACAAGACACGUGAGAACACAUACCGGUACUGGAGAGAAACCUUUUACUUGCUCUGUUUGUAAGAAGAGUUUCUCCAGCAAGCAAAACAUGACCACACACAUGAGAACACACACUGGAGAGAAACCUUUUACUUGCUCUGUUUGUAAGAAGAAUUUCUCCACAAAGCAUUACAUGACCAGACACAUGAGAACACAUACUGGAGAGAAACCUUUUACUUGCUCCGUUUGUAAGAAGAGUUUCUCCAAAAAGUGUAACAUGACCAGACACAUGAGAACACACACUGGAGAGAAACAUUUUGCUUGCUCAGCUUGUGCUAAAAGAUUCAACACUAAGAAGGAAAUUAUAUUACACAUGAGAACACACACAGGUGAGAAACCCUUUACUUGCUCUGUUUGUAAGAAGAGUUUCUCCAGAAAGCAAAUCAUGACCACACACAUGAGAACACACACUGGAGAGAAACCUUUUGCUUGCUCAGCUUGUGCUAAAAGAUUCAACACUAAGAAUGGCAUGAUAUUACACAUGAGAACACACACUGGAGAGAAACCUUUUGCUUGCGCUGUUUGUAAAAUGAGUUUCUCCAGAAAGCGUGACAUGACCACACACAUGAGAACACACACACUGGAGAGAUACCGUUUAGUUGCACUGUGUGUGAUAAGAUGUUCAGGUUUAAGUAUCAGGCCAGUAUACACAAAUGUGUAACAGUCAUGGAAGCUGCAGGGAUUUAAAAACACUUAAAGGGGAACAUUAUCACAAUUUCAGAAGGGUUAAAACCAUUAAAAAUCAGUUUCCAGUGGCUUAUUUUAUUUUUCGAAGUUUUUUUCAAAAUUCUACCCAUCACG